UCGAAUUCUUUGUGUUUCAGGCAAAAAGAAAUUCCCCUCGGAUCCAUCUUGCUGUCCGGUAUGUGGUGUGACAGUGAGACCUCAAGAAUUGGAGCAACAUUUUGCUCAAGAGCUCGAUCGAUUGUACAAGGUCUCGGCAUCUGCAAGACCUCGAUCCUCGAGGUCGACUUUACCGCCGACACAUCCCCAAGAUCAUCCCCAUGGUCCGAUGUUGCAUGCCCCAUCAGCCGCGGAUGGCACCCCUCAAGGUAGAUGGGAGACGUACAAGAGGAUCAAGGCCAAUAGACAGGCUAGAAUACGCGUUAAGAAUCGGAAACGAAAAGCGGACGAGGCGUCCUGUCCGGUUUGUAGCGAACGAUUGUCGGGUACUCCAGAGGAAUUGAAUCAGCAUGUCGAUCGGUGUCUAAACAAGCAAAACAACGGGAAUCCCGCUGGACAAAACGCGAACGUCGACGAAGAGGAGGUCGACGUCGAGGGCGAUCCCGAGUACGAGGAGUACGAGUGGGCCGGCCAGACAAGGGUGCGCGCCACUUCCAUGCUCGUUGGUGGAUUCUCCGCAGCGGGUCUCGCCACCUCAUCGAGCAACCGCGGUGGCGCUAGGGGCGGGAAUGGCAAUCAGGAGGACGAAGACGUGGAUCUGGUGGUCGACGGAGACGACGCCGCCGAGUUCGGCCCGGCUCAGUACUCCGAGGCCGACGUGGUCGCACCGCGCGUCGACGGCACGCCACGAGAACAGAAGGAACGAGACGCGCUUCGCGAGGCCGUCAUUUCGCCCAACGCGCCGCACACGCCGCAGCAGCUGACCCCGGACUCGGGCCUGACGGCGCAGGGCCUGGUCGAGGUCAAGCCGGAGCCCGGCGCCGCGACGCCCGUCGCCCAGCAGAACGACCCCGACGAGGGCGCCUCCGUGUCGCCCAGAAGGGACGGCGACACGCCCGUCGUCGAGGCUCUUCGCGGCCGCAUCCGCGAGCUCGAGGCCGAGAUGCGCGGGCAACCCUUCAAGUGUCUCAUUUGCAUGGAACAAUACAAGAAACCGGUUACUUCGGUUUGCUGUUGGCACGUACAUUGUGAACAAUGUUGGUUGCACACGUUGGGCGCGAAAAAGCUCUGUCCUCAAUGCAACAUGAUAACGUCACCGUCCGAUCUGCGACGCAUUUACAUGUGAACAAGCCGGCUCGACGUCCCUCAGGAACCGCGUUCACCCCCCGCCACUCCAGGGAUCAGCCGGGCAACGUCGUCUACGAGCAUUUCGCUCCUGUAAAUACUUGUAUAUUUCUCUGCGUUACGUAAAUUAACUCCCUAGCAUUUUAACAUGUACGAUUAUUCAUCUUAGAGCUAGUAAAUUAACUUUGUUAGUUCUUAACGAUCAACGACCGAGCGUCACUCCAGGAUCAUCCAAUGCAAUUUUGUGCGUCCACCGAUCGCGGCCAUAUUAUACGUAUUAUAUUCAUUUAUAUUUACAAUUAUAUUUACAAAUUUAUAUUUACAAAUUCGUUAUUCAAUGAAAACUGUAAACUUACGAGGUAAGUUUUUAAUCAGGCCGCUCUUUUACUUGUUACCGCAAUUACAAACAAUUUAUUGCAAUGCUAAUUGGUUGAUAUAUUGACAAUUUUUACGGUUUUGUUAAAAUAGUAUAUUUCACUUUGAUGAUAAUUUUUGUUUUUUUUUUUUUACUUUUACUUAGUUUCAUAUUUUUGUGAUUUAUUAACAAUUUUUACAAAAUCAGAAUGUUUAUUGCGAAUGUUUAUGCGAACAUUUGAAAUUAAUUUUUUAUUAUUCUUGAUCAAAAUAUUUGAGCAAGAUCUCAAAUAUGUUAUUUCUAACGAAGGCUCAUCAUUUGUUAAAUACGCGACAAAAUUGCGAAGAUUCAAGCGAUACAAAUCCGCAUCGACGAGAAUCGCAUUGUACGCUCUGCAAUAUCUUCGUUUUACCAACGAGGUUAAAGAAUCUUAAGAUUACACGAAACGACGACUUAAAAGGAAGCCGAUUGGCUGUGUAAUUUUUUUUCUGCUACGAAUUAUUUGUACAAGAUUUACGAUCAAAUUUUUAUUUGAACGCUACUUAUUUUUUUUUUUUUUUUUGAUAAUCGGCUUUCGAUGCUCGUCUCUAUCGUAUAAUUACCAGAACUUUUAGAUCAUCGUCAAACCAGUCUCUCGCGAUGCACCAACGAGUUAAUGUAAAUACACUAAACGGAAGAA